AUGAAAGUCACCCUUCUCCUCCUCGCGACGCUGCUUCUGACGGCCUCCGCGCGCACGAUCAACGUGGUAGGCGAAGGCAGCGCCAGCGCCGUCCCGGACCUAGCCACGAUAGAUGCCGGCGUGACGACGACGGCUACUACUGCAGUAGCCGCGCUGUCGGAGAACAACCGCAAGUUUGCGCGCGUGGUCGCCGUGCUGAAGGAGCAAGGCAUCGCUGACACAGACGUGCAGACUUCAUCCUUCGACGUGUUCCAGGACACUCGCGGGCGUCGGGAGAACAGGACGCGCGUGUACACCGUGUCCAACUCUAUCUCGAUCAAGGUGCGCGAUGUGGAUGCCGUCGGCGGGGUGCUCGACGCGCUGGUGCGCGCCGGGAGUAACGAGAUUAAUGGGGUCACGUUCGGGUUGGAGGACUCACAGAUGACGAAGGACAAGGCCAGGAGGCUCGCCGUGGCCGACGCGAAGAGGAAGGCAAUGUUGUUCGCAGAGAGCGCCGGCGUGGAGCUGGGGAAGGUGCUCGCGAUUAGCGAAACUGCGAUACAGGCGCCGCGGGAGAAUCAAUUCGCAGAGGCGGCGUUUGGAACCCAGGCUGAUACGUUCGUGUCGGGCGGAGAGCUCGAUGUUGAGGUGAAGGUGUUUGUGCUGUUUGAUAUUGCGGAGUAGGUGGUGGUAGGUUCGUGGUCGCUCGCGCCGGAAUUGGUUCAGGGGCGGAUGGUUGGGUAGAAUGUCGUCGAUGCGGCGCAUACAGAAACAGAAACAGACGAUGAGGUUCAGAUAAUGUCACUGCAAGCACGACGCAAGCAAGGUCCUUCGCAAAACCGUGCCGCCCACUGUCCUGCACGGCAUCACGCGACCUUUUACAUGAACAGGGGUACACGAGGUGCACUUGUCAGCGCAUCAGCGACGACGCAGCGCCCCGCGCGCAGACGGACUAAAGUAGAGGGAAGGAGAAAGAGAAAUAAUAAAGGAGUGGGUUCGGGCCUUGUGCUAUCUCACUGCUCCCGAUGUCGAGUGGUCUGUGUAGAUGGAACCCUCAUACACUGCAUGCGGGUCAGCGAUGCAAGAAGUUGUCGCCGUUUCCUCGCACAGACAGAACUCCACUACUGCGAAGUUUUGAGGGGUACGUUGAGCAGACAAAAAAGGUAACAUCACAUUCUUCUCGAA